GACAGUGACGUUUCACAUGUGACUAUUGAUAUUUACUUACGUUUGUUUACCUUUUCAGAUACUGUUCUUUUUUACGAUUCUAAGUUCUUUCUAAAUUCUAUAUAUUAAGUAAAGGAUAUGGACGCCUGUUUUGUCGAUGUUACCAUAGAGUUCCUAGCAGUAGCAUUCCACAGUAUCCUAUACUACACAUCAGUUUACCCAGAGAGUAUAUUCGAAACAAGAAGGAAAUACAAUGUCGUGGUCUACCGGUCCAUUCAUCCAGAAGUGAAUCAGUACAUAGAUUUAUGUUUAAAAACUGUCGCCGAAUGUUUAAAAGCAGGUCGCUUAACCCGCAUAGAGUUUGCAAUAACAGACGCAAAUUACAAAACGAUUUACAAGUUUAUUUUUGAUAUAGAGAAAAAUGAACAUUACGAGGACACGAUGGAUGCAUAUUUGAUUGAAAUUGAGCAGAACUUGCGGGCGUUCUGUUUAAAGUUGCCGACUUUAAUAGAGAGAAUUAGGGAUUUACCGGAAGAUUGCAGUUUUAGUAUAUACAUUCAUACUGAUGAGUCUGCAGCUGUUAGUAUUGCCUGCAAUGCCGACUUAGAAGGCUUUCCCAUGGUUGAGAGAGAAGAGAAACAAGAGGAAUGUGAUCAAAUUAUACCAUUGCGGAGAAUCUCAAUCAGAAGUUAUAAUUUAGACACUUAUAUUGAAGUUUCAUAGAUAUAAGUCUUACUCAGCUGGGUCAUUUAACAAAACCUAGACACAACUUUGUCUAGUUCUGCUAUCAAGUAGCAAGAGUACUAUGAAGUUUUAACAUCUAUAUUCUCAGUGAUAAGUAUGGUCUCAGACCUUGCUGUAUUAAUUCAUAGCUCUGUAUAGUCAAACUUAAUGAAGAAUAUUGGUACAUGAGGAUUAUAUUUAAAAGGAUAUGCUUUUUAAUUUCAUUUCCUGGAUAAAACAUACCAGCUGUUACUUUAGCUAGUUUUCUGUGGCACAGUUGGUUGAGAUGCCUUGUUUGUACUGGAGAUAAUAUAUUUUUUUUUACCACA